GUGUGUAUGCAUGUAUUUGUGUGUUAAAAAAAAAGGUUUUUACCUAUUUGGAAUGGAUACUAUGAGUUAAUCUUUAGGGAAGUAACUAUUACAAAGGAGGACCUGUUUCAGUUUAUAGAGCAGAAUGCAUACUCCAAUUGGAACAUUGGAACGUGGUUUAAAUGCUAAUGAAAUUUUAUUCAGUGGUGAAACUUGUGACCUAGAUAACGAUCCAUCAUCAGAUUUAUCUACAUCCAACAAAGAUGAACAAGAAAAUUUUACAAAUAGUAUGUUAUGUAUUCAUGAUGAGUACAAUCAGGUGGCAAUACCACAAAUACCAUCAGCCGCCUUGGCUGAGGUAACAAAUCGAACAACUGCACAGAAAACACCAGAAGAUAGUAGUCCAGAUACUCCACAACCGGCUGGUGUUGGUGUAUGUACGGUUAAUGAUCCAAAACAAGGAUGGAUGGAUGGUAUUUUUGGAUGUUUAAGGCCGGUCUUAUCAAUUAUUGGAAAAGCAGCUGUAAACGAUAUUAAAAAUCAACCUGAUGAUUGGGAAAUUCCAUUUGAAGCUAUAAGUGAUUUACAAUGGUUGGGGUCUGGUGCUCAAGGUGCUGUAUUUAAAGGUCUGUUACGUGGCGAAACUGUUGCAGUGAAAAAAGUACGCGAUCAAAAGGAAACGGAUAUACGACAUUUACGCAAAUUAAAUCAUCCAAAUAUAGUUAAAUUUAAAGGUGUAUGUACACAUGCGCCAUGUUAUUGUAUUAUUAUGGAAUAUUGUGCGUAUGGUACAUUGUAUGAUUAUUUGAAAAAUGGCGAAAGUAUUCCACCAGUUCGCCUUGUUAGUUGGGCAAAACAAAUAGCGUCCGGUAUGCAUUACUUGCAUACACAUAAAAUUAUUCACAGAGACCUUAAAAGCCCCAACGUCCUGAUUGGUGAAGGUCAGAUCGUAAAAAUUAGUGAUUUUGGUACAAGUCGAGAAUGGAAUGAAAUUAGUACAAAAAUGAGUUUUGCUGGAACAGUUGCAUGGAUGGCACCAGAAAUCAUUCGUAGUGAACCAUACAAUGAUAAAGUUGAUAUUUGGUCGUACGGUGUUGUUUUAUGGGAAUUACUAACAUGUGAAAUACCAUACAAAGAUGUUGAUUCAUCAGCCAUAAUUUGGGGUGUUGGAUCGAAUUCAUUAAACUUGCCAAUACCAUCAUCGUGUCCAGAUGGUUUUCGAAUUUUGGUAAAACAAUGUUGGAGUGCAAAACCACGUAAUCGUCCAUCAUUCAAACAUAUUUUAAUGCAUUUGGAAAUAGCAUCUUUGGAGGUUUUAUCUCGGUCUGAAGAUCAAUACUUUAAAACACAAUUGUCUUGGAAGGAGGAAAUUCGAAUUCACAUGUCACAUAUGCAAACAAAAGGAUCGCAAUUACCCCGAUUUGAAGAAGAUUUAGUACGGAAACGUAAACAAGAACUGAAACAUGCUCAAGAUAUUCGUGAACAUUAUGAACGAAAAUUGGAACGUACGAAUCAAUUAUACAUGGAAUUAAGUGCUGUUUUAUUACAAUUGGAACAGCGAGAAAAAGAUGUGUUAAAAAGAGAAAAACAAAGCAUUGUAUAUAAACCAAACAAGAAAAAAAUAGUACAUCCACUUUUAAAAGCUCAGGACCGUUUAGCAAGACGUCAACAAUCGCAAAAUGGUUGUCAAUCAACUACACCUACAUCACCAGAACAUGGAACCACAACUAGUCCCGAUAGCCCCAGGAGUCCUAUUAAAUCAACACUGUAUACUCAACUAAAUGCAUCAUCUCAACCAGAAUCGAUUGCAGUAACACCUGGCAACAAACGGAGACAUCGACAUCGUCGUACUAUGUCUGGUUCACCUAGAAUAUCUCCCAGAAAUUCGGCAGGUUCGCAACGUCCACCAACAUGUGUUGAUUCUGAAACGCAAACUGAUGACACCAUUGAUUCGUCAGCUGUGUCACCAACACCUGGUUUACAUCCACAUAAAUCGUUUAACGAAAGUAAACGAUACAUGAGACACGCUGUGUUACGUGAAAUUCGACGAUCUGAUGGUAGUGAUAAUGAUGAAAUCACAACAAACGGAAAUGGAGUCAUUUUAAAAUAUCCAGAAGACGGAUGCGACGGUACUCCAAUAUAUAUUACACAUUUAGGACACGGUUCCAGUUCCGAUUGUUUAAAUGAACCAGAUUCAAAUAGUAAUGAUAAGAUGGCAGCUCGGGAAUGCAGUGAUGAUGACCAAAUUGAAAUGUUAGGUCGUAAGGUGACGGCAAUAUUAAAUGGUAAUAGAUUAUCAGAUGAAUUAAAUCGGAUAUCUUCAUUAGAAGUGAAAAAUAUGUCAGAGAAUGGUAAUUUAUCGGAUGAUGUACGAAUAACUGUACGUACCGAGGAUUCAGAACGAAAUUUAUAUAAUCCAGACAGAUGUACAACAGAAAUCUCAAAUGAAGAUAUUUGUGAAAGUUGGUCUGACGAAGAAGAAGCUGUGGAGGAAUCUAACACUUAUUCAUUGAGAAGAAAAAGUGUUGCUCGCAAACCUAUUGGGCCAGGCUGCCGUUCAAGACGAUACAAAUAUAAUAAUUCAAUAACACGUCAUAAUGGGCCAUUAGCAUCUGAUGAAGAAAAUACAUCAGAAUAUUCACAUCCUCCUUCAAGUCAGUGUUCAACUUUAGAAUCGAAUCCAGGAAUAAUCCGAUCUUUACACACGAUGGGUAAUUCAAAACGGCCUAUUGGUAGCUCUAGUUCAUCAACGGGUUCAUCAGACAGUAGCAGUAGUAAUAGUGAUUCUGAUGAAAUCAGUAACUCAACGAUUGCAACACAAUUUUGUAUACCGAAUCGAACGGAAAACAAUGCUUCGAUUGUAUAAAAAAAAAAAACAAACAAACAUUAAUUUAGAGAUAUUUGUGUGUAGUAUGUAAAAUGCAACGAAAUUAAGACUUAAUUGGGAUCUGAUUUCCAUAGUAUUUAUAAAAUAAUUCGUAUUGUUUUGUUCGAAAGGGUGAAUAAAAUUCAGAAGACUGGAAUAAUGAAACGUAUUAUUAAGAAAGAUAUGAUAGAUGUGUUCCGAUGUACUUUAUAAAUAUUGGCCAAUGAAGGGUUUAGUCAUAUUGAUGUUCCGUUUUAGGCGAAUGAGAGGGAGAAAACAAUGUUUGUUUUCUCAACCCUGCACUCUGAUACAAGAGCUAGCGAUUCAAUAUUUGGAAUUGUUAAAUUUUUUCUGACAUUAAGUGUAUUUUUGAAAGAAAAUUCAGCGAUUGAUAUCCCGAUGAAUAGAUUUCAUAAAAGUUUCUUCAAGUGUGUAUCGAUUCUGUCUAGGGAAUAUCGAAAAUGAUAUAAUUGUCUGUAUAUGCUAUAACAGCUACAAUUUUAAUCUUACCUAGAAUAACAUUCGAUAUAUAAUGUAUUUUUGGUAUUUGUAAACUCAUGUUCGAAUAAAUAAAAUCGUCUAAAGAGAUUUAGAGGGAUAGGAUAUUGUUGAAAAUCAAUUUUUCUACAAUUUUUUAUCGAACCAUUUUUUCUGUAAGCCUAUGAUAGAGAUAUUUGAGAUUUUAAACUCAAAUUUUAGUAACGACGCACAAUAUAGAUUCAUAAUUCUGUUAACAAACCAUAAUUAUCGUUGCCAUGGUAACUAAUUACGUUAGCAAUGUAGUAUAAUUUUAAUGUUGUAUUGUUCUGCUUCAUUUGUGCAGAGAUUUUUC